AUGUCAUCCCAAGUACGUGGAGUGCAAGGGUUAAUUUCCCCAAAAAAUCCAAAGGCUUUAUAUGUGCAUUGCAAUUCACACAUUCUGAAUCUAGUUAUAGUCAAAGCAUGUAGCCUGCCAACAAUUUGCAACAUGGGUGGCACUAUAACAGAGAUUGCAAAUUUUUUCAACUACUCCCCCAAGCAGCAAAGGUGCGUAGAAACUGUAAUAAGCAUGGAUCAGCCAGAUUCCCCCCGAAGCAAGAUCCGUGACCUCUGUCGUACACGUUGGGUUGAGUGCCACAAGGUAUACGAAACAUUUGCCCUACUACUGCCAUCAAUCAUAAAAACAUUUGAGGUUAUUUUGGAUGAGCAGCACCACCAACAGUACAGUUUGGAAACGCCCUGGAACUGGGAAAGAGAGACUGUUCAGAAGGCAAGUGGCCGCUAUCACACAUGUUGCUCGUUUCAGUUUCUCAUUUCGUUGAUAGUCGGGAUGAAACUCUGACAGUCAUCAAGCCAGUUAGCAUUAAGCUUCAGAAGAAGUAUAAUGACAUCGUCAAAGCGUAUAACAUGAUGGCGGAAACGGGAAAAGAGUUAAGGCAAAUGAGAAACGAUGCCGACACCGUAUUUAAGGCAUGGUAUGCAAAUGCAAUAGACCUUGGCUCAGACCCAGGUACCAAGCCGAGCGUCCCAAGAAUGGCCUUGAGACAGCGGCACAGAGAGAACACCCCCCAUGACUCCCCAGAAGAAUAUUACCGUCGGACCUUGUUCAUUCCUUUCCUUGACCAUAUCCCAGAAGAGAUGUCAUCGAGGUAA